AUGAGUGAGAUAAAGAGAUCAUCGGAUACGCAGGACCGAAGCGUUAUCGUCGGCGCUGCCUGCCGAGUUCCGGGUGCUACAAACUUGCACGAACUUUGGGACUUACUCAAUUCGAAACGAGAUGUUCAAACAAAAAUGCCCUCUAAUAGAUAUAAUGCCGACGCAUUCUAUCAUCCUGAAGGGGCAAAUAAAAGCACUAGCAAUGCUAUGUUGGGUUAUUACCUCGACCAGCCUCUAGACCAAUUUGAUGCCGCGUUUUUCAACAUCUCGGGCAAAGAGGCCGAAGCUAUGGACCCACAACAAAGAUUGCUGCUUGAAGUGGUUUACGAGGCUCUUGAAAAUGCUGGUGUUACCUUGGAAGAGAUCCGGGGCACGAAUACAGCAGUCUACGCAGGCUCUUUCACAUACGACUACCAGUCAAUGACAAACCGUGACUUGGCCCAGUAUCCCAAGUACACAGUGACCGGAACUAACGCAAACGCCAUCCUGGCUAAUCGGAUCUCUUAUGUUUUUGACCUUCAUGGGCCCAGUGUUCAAGUAGACACUGCAUGCUCGUCCUCCUUGACUGCCUUCCAUCUUGGCGUGCAAAGUCUACAGACUGGGGAAUCUGAUAUGGCCAUCGUUUGCGGAACUGCCCUGCACUUUGACCCCACAAUCUUCAUCACCAUGGCUGAAUUUGGUAUGCUAUCGACGGACGGGAGGUGCCGCCACUUCGACGCUAGUGGCUCAGGCUACGUUCGGGGCGACGGCGUGUGUGCCGUAGUGUUGAAACGCCAGCGUGCCGCCGAACUCAAUGGCGAUCGCAUCAGAGCAGUCAUUAGAGGCACAGGCACCAACCACGACGGUGUGAAAGAAGGAAUGACACUGCCCAAUAAUAAAGCCCAAGCACACCUAGUGCGCAACAUUUAUAAGAACGCCGGCCUCGAUCCUCGGGAUACAGGCUACUUCGAGGCCCACGGCACCGGCACUCAAGCUGGCGACCCUCGCGAGGCACUUUCCAUAGGCGAGGUGUUCGCAGCCGGGAGAGAAGAUCCCCUCUAUGUCGGCUCUAUCAAAACGAACAUAGGCCAUUUGGAAGGCGCGUCUGGCUUGGCCGGUGUCAUGAAAGCUAUGCUGAGUGUGGAACGUGGCAAAAUUCUACCCAACAUGCACUUCAAUACACCCAACCCAAAGAUUGACUUUGAGGCGUUAAAAAUUCAGGUUCCAAAAGAAACCAUCGAAUGGAAUCCUGAGAACGGAAUUCGUCGCGCAAGCAUCAACUCAUUCGGUUUCGGUGGCGCCAACUCCCACGUGGUGCUGGAAAAUUACGCGGAGAUCCAGCAAUCAGUUUUGGAUAACAAAAUCGCCGGAGUUGUACCAAAGCGGCCAUUCAUUUUGCCUCUUUCUUCGCACUCUGAGAAUGGUGGCAAGCUGCUACAGCAGAAGUUGGCCAAAUACAUCAGCGACCAUCCUGACACACUAGUGCAAGAUCUAGUGCACACGUUCAGCACACGGCGAAGCCUGCACCGUUUCCGCUCCUUCGCUAUCGGUGGUGAUCUGAAGACGAUAAAUGAUGCAGCAACAGCACUUAGCCCUUUGGCGAGUUGGAAGCAGGCUGGCAAGUCGCCAAGAUUGGGCUUUGUUUUUACUGGCCAAGGUGCGCAGUGGUAUGCCAUGGGCCGCCAACUCAUUGAGCAGAACGACUUCUUCAAGAACACUUUGACGGAGUGCGAGAACGUGUUGAAGACACUACCUGAUGCUCCAAGUUGGUCAAUUUUGGACGAGAUGACCAAGCCCGAAAACGAGUCGCGCCUCUCGCAGAGUGAAUUUUCGCAGCCCCUUUGCACUGCUUUGCAAAUUGCUCUUGUCGAUACUCUCAAGAACUGGGGUAUUCAGCCAGCAGCCACCAUCGGCCACUCGUCAGGCGAGAUUGCUGCAGCUUACUCCGCCGGCAUAUUGAGCAGACGUGACACGAUUAUUUGCGCGUACUAUCGUGGCCUGUACAUGUCAAAGGGUCGCCAUGGCACUGCUGGCGCUAUGAUGGCGGUAGGACUGACUGAGGCCGAGGCCACCAUCGAGCUUGCUCCAUUUACUGGGCGAGCGGGCAUCGCUGCAGUCAACAGCCCCUCUAGCAUUACGCUCAGCGGAGACAAAGAUGCAAUUUUGCAGAUCAAAGAAAGUUUGGAGAAAAAGAAAGUCUUUGCCAGGCUGCUCCAAGUUGAACAGGCGUUUCACUCGCACCACAUGUUGCCACUGGCGCCGGGAUUCCAACAAGCCCUGGCGUCGACCGAUGGGUUUUCGCCUAAAGCCGCCAGCAUUCCCAUGUUCUCGAGUGUUACAGCUCGCGAUUCGAGCGCAAGGCCAAUGGAUGGAGUAUAUUGGUCUGACAACAUGACUGGGCGAGUUCGGUUCUCUGAUGCUGUAACCGGCAUGGUACUUGGGGAGGACGACCAGCUAGCAGUGGAUGUCUUGGUAGAGAUCGGUCCUCAUCCUGCACUCAAAGGACCCGCUAAGCAAACCAUCAGGCCGCUUGGAGUCGGUGUUGAUACCCCCUACAUCGGGUCUCUCGAUAGAAAAAUCCCUGCAUACGAAAGUCUGCUGGCUUGUGCUGGCCAGCUCUUUUCACUGGGGUAUCCAGUCGACCUGGUGGCGGCCAACAGUGACCAUGUCUCUGCCGAUGACGGCAGCAAAACUACCAAGGUUUUGGGCAAGCUUCUCGAAAACACGCCGACAUAUUCAUGGGACCACAAAUCUUUCUGGUCUGAGACCAGAUGGAAUAAAGAAUUCAGGCAGCGACCCUACCGUCACACUAUCCUUGGAGCUCCCGUGCCCGGAUCGCCAUCCACCAACCCUCGCUGGCGAAAUUACAUACGCCUGUCAGAGCUCCCUUGGCUCAGGGAUCACAGCAUUGAUGGCAGCAUCCUGUUUCCUGCAGCUGGAUUCUUUACCCUUGCCAUUGAAGCGCUGGUCAGAACUACUCCUACCAACGCAGCUCAUGACAUCGUAUUGACAAAUGUGCGAAUUAAGUCUGCGUUGGCAAUUCCCGACACCGAGGCUGGGGUCGAGAUAAUGAUUGAUCUUCUUUUGGAAGAGACUUCUCAUGAUAAUGGCCACUCUUACCGAUUUACUGUUUACUCCUUCACUGACAGUGGAGCGACCGUGCAGAACUGCUCUGGAGGGAUCGCUGUCGUUCCCCCGAAAAGUAAUCAGCUAGGCGAAUGUACUGCCACAUUUGAAGAACUACAGCUUAAAAUGCAGUAUCACGCAUCUGCAGAGAAGUUUUACACCCGUCUUCACGCCCUUGGCUUGCAGUAUGGCGAUGCAUUCAAGCUGAUUGAUGGAGCAUUCCAAAGCGCCGACGGCGCCUCGGUCGCCCUGCUCGACUUCGACCCAAUCAGGGUUCGAACAGGUGAUGCUGCACUGGAUAGCUGCGUUCUACACCCUACAUUUCUGGAUUCCAGCUUUCACGUCAUCCUCUCUGCACUGGAAUCGAAAUUCGGUCGCUCUCUAACGGAUGCUUACGUUGCCACGUCUUGCGGGUCUCUGCGGGUCUCGUCGCCAAUGACUUCGCGAUGCAAGAACUCAAACGGGCAGAAGUACUGGGUGAAUGCGAACACCAACGUCAUUAACCAGCGUUUGAGCUCCAGUAGCAUUAGUGUUUGCGACGUGGGAUCCACGGAGCCUCUCAUUGAGCUGCGUGACGUGCAAUUUACUGCUCUCAGCUUAGCCGACACGCAGGGCCAUUCGGGUGACUAUUUCUUCCGGACGACAUGGAAACCUGUCUUUAGCUUUUUGGGAUCAAACAAAACCGAACCAGAUAUCUCCAGUGUUGAUGAGCUAGUGGCUUGCUAUGCCCAUCAAUACCCUGGCAACAGUAUCUUACGCAUCCAGGAGGGCGUUCAGGCCGCCGAAGUCUCGGGCUUGUAUGAUCUUUUGGUGCUUGAGAAAGGCUCCCAGCAUGACAUUAAAUUGCACAUGAAGCCAGAAAGUUUUAUCGUUACAGAAGAGUCUCACCCGAUAACAGAGAACCUGCAACUCAAGUUCAAACAAGGAGCACUGAAGAUUUGGCAAACAGCUGAUGCUCCACCUACGCCUUUUGCGCUCACGAUCCUUGUUUCAUCUUCCCCGUCAGAAGCAUCUCUCAGCCUUAUUCGCUCUAUUGAGAGUGAGCACAUUUGCUUUGAAGUGUCCGUCAAAGCUCUGUAUGAGAUGAAAGAAGACAUGGUUUCGGGUAGCAAUAUCCUCUCUCUGGUCGAGCUUGAUGAACCGGAAUUCGGCGUCCAUCCUCGGGCACUUGACGAUUGGAACAAGCUACUCUAUAUCUUGUCUUCGAAAUCUGUGGGCCUUGUCUGGCUACAGAAGCGCGGUACCUUGGGCCAAUCUGUUGUGCGUAAUAUAUUCAGGGUCGCACGCGCUGAGAACCCUAGUCUGGAAACGACUAUUCUCAAGGUGCCAAGCAGCUAUGCAACGAAACAUAUCCAAGACUCGAUUCAGUACGCCUUCAAAACGUCAGUCGAAGGCGAAGAGCUAGAAAUUCAAGACGGCUGCCUACUAUUGCCGCGUAUCGAGGCCGACAAAACGCUCACCUCCCGGUACUGCGAGAUUCCAGCGGUCGAAUCGUUCACUAGCCAAUGUGUGCGUGUUUCACCGGGCCUGUUCAGCUCAUCUAUUCCAAAGGAAGUUUUUGAAGUCAACAACUCGUUCAGAGGUCAUCCUAUUGCGGAUGACGAGGUUGAGGUUGAAGUACAAACCUCGAUGCUCUUGUCGCGAGCAGAAGCAACUACGUCAAGUGUUGGUACAAUUACCCUAGCCGGCGCUUCCUCAGGAUUGAAAACAGGACAGCAGGUUCUUGUCUUGGAAAUUAAUAUGGCUGCACAUGCAUCUAAGCUUCGUGUGAAGGCGCCGCUGGUAUUUGCUCUCAACGUCAAAACCCUUGCGCGAGCUGCUACUAUUUCAACGCAAUUGCUACAAACGGCCUACGCUAUCUAUGAGGUGGCCAGAGUCCAACAGGGCGACACCUGUCUAAUUUACGAUGCUGCUACUCCGGCAGGCCAGAUCGCCAUUUCUCUGCUCGAGGCAAUUGGCUCAAAAUUCAUGGCAGUUGUUCGAAGAGAUUCUGAUCGCACCCAUCUGCUUGAGCAACACAGACUGUCCGAUGAUACAGUCGUCGUGGAUUCGGAGCGCGACCUUCGCACGACUAUUGAAAAUGCAUCUCACGGGAAUCUAUACCGGCUUUUAUUGAAUUGUUCCGAAGACGACCGGUCUGGCUGUGAUUUGGAAAGAUUCGCAUCCUGCAGUCACCUGGUCAAUGUCGGCAGUGUAGCCCACGAGACUUGCUUGGCUCUGACCCACGAAAUGGUUAGCAGAGAUCGUUCCAGGUUACAAGACAUAUUCAACAAUGGGUUGAGGACCCUUGAAGCCUCUGGUUAUACAUUCCCUAGCCCUGGGAGCCUGCACAGACUACCAUAUAGUCAGGCGGCGGAAGCAAUGCAGACUCUGCAAGCAAACCCGCAACUACAGCAAGUGUUGCUGUAUGCAGACGGCUCCCCCAUUCCAGUUCAGGGCUGCAUCAACACAAACUCUAAGCUUUUAGACGCGGACAAGACGUAUCUACUGUCAGGCUCAUUCGGCGAUGCAGGAUGGUUAUUGGCGCAGUGGCUCCUCCGCAAGGGCGCUCGUAAGCUCAGCGUCCUGGCUCAUCCGCUAUGUGUGCCGCUGCCGCAGCAAGCCAUUACCUGGCUAAAACAGCGUGGUGUUGAUAUCACAAUCCAUGCCAUCAAACUUGAUGAAAGCAAUAGCGUGAGAGACUGGUUGACCUCGCUGCGCGGAAAAAUUGGAGGCGUCAUUCAGGGCGCUCUUCCAGCCAAGUCACUGCCUUGGAGCGACACCAACGCCAAGACGCUCCAUGCGACCAUGCAGCCAUUCUUCAAAGCACUUCAUGUCAUUCACGAAGAGACCAUUUCGCAUGCCCUGGAUUUUUUCCUGUGCAUUUCCUCUAUCUCCUCCAUCAUCGGCGUUGCUUCUGAAGCCUUACACUCUGUUGCAAAUGGAUACCUCGACGACUUUGUCAUGUGGCGUCGGCAGCAGGGCUUUCCUGCUGCAUCACUCUGUUUCGGCAUUGUUGACAACUUGGGUCUUUUCACUGAAAGCCAGUCGAUCAAAGAGGCACUCGAAAAUGUUGGAAUCGAUCCCUCGACUGAAGACCAGCUUUUCUUCCAGCUUGAACAGGGAAUCCUCGCACAAUAUUCGGAUGGGGAGGCGGAUGGCACCUCUGAUCACCACGUUCUCAGUGGCGUCAGCUUCUCGUCACAAGAGGAGUUCUGGUCUUCCAAGCCCAUGUUCCGAGGGCUUUUCGAGAGCGCCACCUCGUCUGCUGGAUCAUCUGGUACUGCCAAAGACCUGCGAUCCUUGAUGCGCGACGCCAAAACUCCCGAGGACAAAGUGAAACCUUUGACGGAUGCCUUUAUUGAGAAGAUAGCUGUUUCGCUCUCAAUUUCCAGUUCCGACAUCAACGCUGGGCUGCCUUUAUCUUCCUACGGUAUGGAUUCUCUUGCUGCAGUCGACUUCAGGAAGUGGUUUUCACAGGAGCUCGGGGUCAACCUCGCCUUGUUUGAGAUCCUUGGCUCGGGCACCAUCAGGGCCGUUAUUGAGAAGGUUUGUCAAGCUUUCUCAACGCAAGAAGAAGAGAAGCCCAAUACAGCUCGACGAGUUAAGGGAGAUGCAAAAGCCAAAGAGACGUUCGUUGACGAGGCAUCGGAGCUCGUUCUGCCUGCGUCUCGACCCAAGAAUAUCCCGCUUUCAUCAUUCCAGACGCGGCAGUGGUUCAUGGACACUGUGAUGGAGCAGAAUGGAGCUCUUACUUGCGGUUGGACCCUUACUCUUCAAGGUGAACCGAAUCUUGAAGCUGUCAACGCAGCAUUCCACGAGGUUGCUCACCGCAACGAGAUCUUCAGAACUCGAUACUUUGAGGGCGAUGACAUGGUAGAGCAGGAGGUUCUCGCUUCCGUUCCAGCCAAUGUUGAGUAUGUGGACAUUUCAAACAUUCCUGAUGCUGAAGUAAAAGUUCAAAACCAGGUCUACGACCUCAUUGGCCAGCCCAUGGAUCUGGAAAGGGGGGAGGUGUAUCGAUCACGCCUCGUGAAAAUCGCAGAUGCACGUUACGCUUGGAUCUUUGCCACCCACCACAUUACUGUGGAUGGCGCCAGCCGUCAAUCAUUCAUGGAGCAAAUUGUCGCCUGUUAUGAUGACGCCAUAACAGGAUCCAACUCGAAAAGUUCGGCGCCAAAACUCACAUACAUCGACUUUUCCCUGUGGCACGAUGGAUACUUGAAGUCGGAACAGGUUCAAGUGGAUUUGGCUUGGUGGAAGAACCAUUUGACGGAUGCCCCCCGGGCCGGCAAGCUUCUACCCUUCGCACAACGCGAGGCCCGAGGAGAGAAGUCCAGUCAUGAUAGAAGAGUGAUCCGCUCAAAAAUUGACAUGGCCACUCUCAAACGAAUGAAGCGCAUCUGCAGCAGCGUCAACGUAACACCAUUCCAUUUUAUUCUUGCGUCGCUCCGAGCCAUCAUCUUCCGCUACACAGCUGAGGAAGACUUUACACUGCUCGUGAUCAACGGCGAGCGGCCUCAUCCUGCAUUUGAGAGCAUCAUUGGAUUUUUCGUCAACAUCAUUCCACUUUUUUGGAAGGGGUCAUUCGAUGACUCGUUUGAAUCGCUGCUGACGGAAGCUAAAACAUUGACGAUGGAAUCCAUGGCACAUUCGCAAGCGCCUUUUGAUGCGAUUGUCGAUGCCCUAGAUCUGGGACACAACCCCGCUCAUUUUCCGUUGGGUCAGAUCGCGCUGAACUACCAGAUGUACGCCAAAUCUCCUAAUUAUACCUCUACCGACUUUGAAAUCCAGGACGUUCAUGUUACCGACGUUCCAACGACAUGUGAGCUCCAAUUCGAAGUUCUUGAGGACCCCAAAACAGGUCUUGGCUUUACUCUUGACUACGACUCCUACCUUUACGGUGCUGCUGAUAUGGACCGCUUCUUGGAGAACUUCAUGACGUUCAUCGGUAGCGCCGUGCGCGAUUUUAGGCAGCCAGUCGAGGAGCUAGAGAUGUGUGGUGCGAAAGAAAUUCAGUUCCUUCGAGAGAUCUGCUGGGUGGAGGAGGAGAGCACGGCAGACUGGAUGGGCCGCUCACUAAUGAGCCGCUGGUCGGACAUUGUUCGCCAGCAGUCAAGUUCCACUGCAAUUCAUACUUCAGAUGGCCAUUCUAUCACGUUCUCUGGUCUCGACGAGCGGGCUAAGGAUAUUGCGCAUUUGCUGCAGGCAUCCGGUGCGAAGUCUGGUGACAGAGUUGGCGUGCUUUCACACCCCUCCAUCGAUGUCAUGGCUUCUAUGCUCGGGGUCGCUCUCCUUCGAUGCGUCUAUGUUCCUCUGGAUCCCAGUGCUGCGCGGGGCAGAUUGGAAUACAUGAUUGAAAACACUUCGGCGCCGCUAGUUCUCCAUGGGCCAGAGCUGGAAUCGCUCGUUGAAAGUUUGCAUGGAUCAACUCGCACCAAGUUCAUCGCCAUGACUGAUGCGAAGCCAAGUAGCAGUGCUCCAAUUGCUGCAGCGCUCGCCCAGAGUCCCGAUGAUGUUUGCUACAUCGUCUUCACUUCCGGAAGUACGGGCAAACCAAAGGGCGUUAUGGUGACGUUUGAGAACACCGAAGCCAUGCUUUGCGGUCGACAGCAGAUUCAUGGCCUGGGGCACAAAGAUACUUUCCUGCAGCAGUCAUCCACAUCCUUCGACAUCUCCAUGGCACAGACAUGGGGAUCACUCACAUCUGGAGCCAAGAUGGCGCUCGCUACCAAAGAUGCCAGACAAGAUGUCGAUGAGUUGGCUAGCUUUAUUCGUGAUGCUGGGGCAACCAUGGUGUACAUGACACCAACCCAGCUUGCAAUGAUUCUCGAAAAUUGCUCCGAUAUUUUGGAGCAGUGCCAGAAGCUCAGAGCUGUCUCCCUCAUUGGCGAGCAUCUGCCACCGCGCCUCGUUUCGGCAGUAUACGACCUAGGCUUGCCGUUAUUGACUGUCUACAAUGAGUAUGGACCAUCGGAGAGUACAUCACAGAACACACUUUACAAAGUGCCAUAUCCAACACCCAGACAAACUAGCAUUGACAUUGGUCGACCUAUUCCCAACUCCAGCACCUAUGUUCUCAAUUCUAGAGGCCGACCAGUUCCUGCAGGCGUCUCUGGUGAGCUGUGUGUUGGUGGGCCGCAAGUCAGUAUGGGAUACCUGGGCCGCUCUAGCGAUGCAUUCCUGCGCAACGAUUUCCAGUCUGGCGCAUUCAAAAACAGAGGGUGGGAUCGUCUCUAUCGAACAGGUGAUAUGGCCCGUUUCCGACUGGACGGUAAUAUCGACUUGCACGGCCGCAUCUCGGGUGACAAGCAGGUGAAGUUGCGCGGGCAUCGCAUUGACCUUGAGGAAAUUGAGACUGAGAUCCGACGUGUCGCUGCUGAGGACUCGGUUGUGAGCUCCAUCACGGACACCAUCCUUUUGGCACGAACUAUUGGUCAGCCCACUACCGCGGACAUGACAGACGAUCGUCAGCUGGUCGCGUUCCUCACAGCAAAACCCGAACUCGCGAGAACGGAGUUCCAGGCUAUUGCGUCUAAGCUUCACGUUGAAUUGGGUAAGACUUUGAACAAAUACAUGAUCCCUGCAUGCUAUCAGUCCAUGACAGCGUUUCCAAUGACUGUCAGCGGGAAGAUAGACCGAAUCGGCCUGAACAGCAUGGCCCUUGACCCUGUCUUCCACAUUGAGACCGCUAUCGCGCAGGCUCGACGACAGGACGAAGUUGUGGAGACUCAAGCUGUCGGACCACUUGAGACGAUCAAGGGUCUCUUUUCAGGCAUUCUCAAGCUGCCUUCCCAGAAGGUCGUCUUGGACACGGAUAGCUUCUUCGAGCUUGGCGGCCAGAGUGUGCUUGCCCUUCGCCUCCAGAAAGCUCUCAAGAAAGAGUUGGGUGUGAAAGUCAAACUGGUUGACAUCUUCCGAAACCCGACCCCUGCUGGUCUUGUCAAGAGAUUCGGCCUCGAGUCAACUGCUGACUCCACGACCGUCCCGCCCCAAAACACAACAGAGGUGGACUGGGACUCUGAGAUCGCACUUCCGAAUGAUGCUCGAUACGUUCCCAAAUUCGCAGGUGAGACCGGGAAGCAACAGCCAAAUAGCAAUGUCCAAAAGAGAAUCCUCAUUCUGGGAGCUGACGGCUACAUCGGAUAUUAUAUGCUCAAAUUUUUGCUUGCGCUCCAUCUGGACGCCAAGGUUUACCUUUUGGGUCUUGGCGAUCGGUUCAAUUUAGGUGAUCUCUUUUCAGCUUUCACCGAGCAUCAAAUGUUCGACAAUACAGUCAGCCAGAUGGAUCUCCUCACGCGAGUAGAGAUUGUACAGGGCGCCAUGGGCAAAGAAAAAUUUGGUUUGGCCAAUGCCGAAUUCGUCAAGCUCGGACGCAGUGUUAACUCCAUCUAUCACACAGGCGGCUUUGUCUCCCUUCUGGAAACAUACAAAGAGCUGCGCCCGCGCAAUGUGCAGAGCGUUUUCGACAUGAUUGAGCUGGCUUCACACGGAUGCGGCCACUUGCCGACCGCGCUGCAUUACAUCUCCACAUGGAGUAUCGUCCACGUUCAGACCUGGAGCAGCACGUCUCUUAAUCAAGAAAAGGUGUGGCUAGACGAACAGAGUGUUGCCUCGUUCCGUCCACCUGCCACGAAUGACCACGGCUACUUCAAGACGAGAUGGGCCUCGGAGAUGCUUAUGGAGGAGGCCGGCAAGCGGGGUUUCCCCACGACCAUCUACAGAUGCCCAGCCCACACCGCGCCAACGGCUGCCAAGUGCGCGACGCCUGCCGACAACUUUACCAUCAACAUGUGUGUGCGCAUGGUCGAGACGGGUCUUAUCCUGCGAGAGCCCAAGCGCCAAGACGACCUCGAGAGCGACAUGGGUAUGAUCCCGAUUGACUACCUCGCCGACACACUUGUGCGAUUGGCCGACUUGGAGGAAGUUGCUUUUCCUACUGGGGAGACACUUCGUCUGCACAUCACGAAUCCCAAUUCUCUUCCUUAUUCCAAGGUGCCCAAUCUUGUCGCGCAGCUGCACGGUGGGAGCGUGGCUGGCCAGAUGCUGGAUUUGGACGAGUGGUUCGAGGCCAUUACUGCUGUGAGCAACGAGAAUAUCAAUCUUGAACUGUCUAUGUACAAGGAAUACCUGGACAAAGGCCAUAUCAUGUUUGCAAUUGACGACAGCAAAACGCGUCCGUUGCUGGAUCAGAUUGACUCGCAGGCUGGUCGCGUCAGAUGUGAGGCGGUGGACUUGGUCUACCUACAGAACCUGCUAAGACAGGAGCAGGGGAGAAACUAG